AUGGCUGGAACGGAGCGAGAGCCCUUCAUCAUUGACGAUGAGGAAGAGAUUUUGAUCAAUGCCCAUUUAAGGAGGGAAAUCGAUGAGGCGCUUCGAAGAGGACAGGAAAUCGCCAGAAUUGCCGGAGUCUCCCAUGACUUCCCCAUUUCAAUCGAUGAUGAUGAUGGUACGAUUGAACUGGAGGUGGCGAUCGAAGACAUCCUCGCUGACGGAAUUGGCGAGGUAAUCGACCUAACCAAUGAAAAUGAACUACCAAUAUCGGGGCCAGACGCUUUGAUUGUCCGCGAUGAGGGCAUUAUCCUUGAUGAAUGGCGGCUGGAUAACGGAAAGAUUAUCCAAACCGGAAUGGCUCUUGAGAUUGCGGAGCCUCUGGGUGACCACCAAAUUCAGUUCUUUCGCGUCCAGCAGAUCAUUCUACCCAACAACCAGAACCCAAUCAUCCGAGGUUGGGCUUUUACUCGGACCAAGCACCUCAAUGGCAUCCUUCCGUGCAAACUCAAUGAGGUUGCGCUUAUUGUUGAAUCCUCCAGUUUCGAUGAACGGCCGUGGGAGGAACGAGCUUUACGGGAGAUCCCAACGGGCGCGAUUCUCCGUGAGCGAGAAUUAAUUAUCACAAAUACACCAUUCCCAGAACACAGAUUCAGCGGCUGGGAUUACAAGGCGCAGGGCCACGAGUGGGUAGCUGCGAAUUCUCGGUUAGUUUGCAGAUACAGGUUUGAGAUCCAAGUCAAUCCAGCAAACAACAAGCCCUGCGAAUGGGCGUUGAUCAGGCUCUCCGAGGAUGAGGCGGAUCCUGACUUCAGAAUCCGUGACGAAGCGCUCCUGAAUCGCUGGCGAGGGGGCAAGGUCCCCGGCGGCUCAUCGAAGCACGGUGCUCCCCAGCCGCUGGUCGUCGAUAUCGACGCUGACGUUGACUUGCAAGACGCGCACAGACCUGUUCUUGCUCCCGAGCAGAGAUACACCGCGGGCGACGUGUUUGCUGGUGCGGGAGGAGCCUCUCGUGGAAUAGAGCUCGCCGGGGUCCAACUGCUCUUUGCUCUGGACCACUGGAGGCCCGCGGCCAACACCCUGGACGCCAACUUCGGGGACCGUGUGAACAUUCACUUUAUGGACGUCACUGAGUUUAUUAACAACGAAAAUCUCCAGUAUGAUGUUGACAUGCUCCAUCUCUCCCCCCCCUGCCAGUUCUGGUCGCCGGCUCACACCAUCGCCGGCAAAAACGACGACGACAAUAUCGCCGUGCUCUACUCAUGCGAGCACCUAAUCAAGAAGCUUCGCCCGCGCGUCUUCACCGUUGAGCAGACAUUUGGGAUUCUGAGUCCCAACUUCACAGCCUAUUUCAAUGCGUUCAUCCUCGGAUUCACCAGUUUUGACUACUCAGUCCGCUGGAAGGUCGUGCCUUUGGCAAACUACGGGAUUCCGCAGCUGCGCAAAAGGCUCAUCAUGAUCGGCGCCGGUCCCGGAGACAAGUUACCGUCCAUCCCGCCGCCAACGCACAGCAAGAAUAGGACUGGAGGACUGAAGCCUUGGAACACCCCAUGGUCAGUCGUCGGCAACAUGGCUCAAUACCGACACCAUCCACUUCACCGACCAAGAGAAGUCAAGCUCGCUCAACCGCGCCCUGCAUGGGAUCCAACACAACUUGCGCGGACCAUCACCUGCAACGGUGGCCAAAACUACCACUGGAGCGGUCGGCGAAACUUCACACUGCUCGAGUAUGCGCUUCUUCAGGGCUUCUUCCCCGAUCACCAGUUCCGGGGCAGUUACAUCAAGAAACAAAUCGGUAACGCUUUUCCCUCACGGGUUGUCAAGGUGCUUUAUGAGCAUCUCGUCUCUUUUCUCUUGAAACAGGACGGUUUUGAUCCUGAUACCCGCCCAGGUCCCAUCCUGGGCAAUCACUGGCUAUACUGGCCUGGAAAUAUUGAUGAUAAUGACAAUUCGGACGGCGACUAUGAGACCGAUUCCGAUACGCUUGAUGGAAAGGACGAUGAGAUACAGAUUAUUUGGGACAGUAAUUGGAAUAACUUGGGAAAGGGGACAAAAGAGAACCCCAUCGUAUUAGCCUAA